AUGGCGAGAAUUGAUAUUAACGUAAAUUAUGUAUUUCCUCCUUCAAGAUUUACAUUGGACGAAUGGCACCACAAUAAUCAGUUCAGAUAUCAAUGUUCCGAGACACAAAGAGAAUUAUCGGAUCGGCUCUUAGCCGAGGCAACGCUCGCAUGUGACUCUGCCAAGGAAAUCGUAAAAACUAAUAAGGAGGAGACAGAUCAUCGACUGUUAGAAAAACUUAAUGACAUUGAAUUUCGCAAAGGAGAAUUGCAGCGUAUAAGAAAAGACAUUGCUUUGGAAAUCGAUGCGUUGUUUGUAUAUAAAGAACGAAUUAUAAAUGUACUGAAGUCUGUAAAAAGAAACGCUCUUGCAAUUUGCGAAAGAUGUCUCAUUGCUAGGGUAGUAAUGUUAAAUGAAUGGGAACUCCAAACAAACAUCAAUGUUAUCGAUGCAAAUAAAGAAAUGAAUAGUGCAAAGCAACUACGAUAUUACAUUGAUACGAUAAUUAAGCAAACGAUUGAUGAAUUAAAUAACCAGAAGAAUGUCACAAAUGAAGCUUUCAGACAACGUUGUGAACAGACUCGAGAAGCCAAAACGAAGCUAGAAUUUCAGCACUCGGAGAUAAUAAAACAAGUUGCAGCGAUAUCAAGUAAUAUCACACAUAUAAAGAAGUCGAUAGCUGAGAAAGAAGGGUAUAUAGCUCUGGCUCAUACAAGACUAGGACAUCGACGUCAACGUCCAGGGAUUGAACAUACUCAGGAUUUAGUCCAAGUUAAUCUCGUGAAGGAGAUAAACGAGUUACGAAAUGUCGUGGCAAAUUUACAGCGAAUGCUUUACGAGGAUAUCGAGCGCGGCGAGACCCGGUUUGUAGGGACAUCCCCGGUGUCGGCGUCGACGUCCACGUCGGUUUCGGCGUUGGCAUCGGCGCCGACACCACUACAUGAGAACAGCGCUAAUAGAUGUGAUGUCUCGAGGGCAACGUCCGGAGUGGGACACAUAGCGAAUGCACCAUCAGGUACGCACCAGGACGCCCAGACAACACGUGCCAGCGCGAGCGCAGCAUUGAGAUUAGAAAGAGAUCUCAACGCGAGUACAAGUCGUUGGAGAACGAUUGGCCGAUUUCUGCGACGUCUCACUCUCAUUAUGUUGCUGCUGGUAGCCGCGAUUGGAGCACUGGCCGUAAUAGUCAUCUACAUGGGUCCGAUUUAUCUCGUGCAAUUGCUCAUAGUAAUCUCUGUUGCCUACUUUGUCGCCGGUGGCCGCAUGAGAUGGUUCUAUGUUGCUCUGAAGACAAUAUCACGGGAUUGCAAAGGACUUGUAGGAUAUAUUAGAAUAUUGCAGUCAGCACACUGUCAUGGAAGAAAAAACAGAAACGUCGCCGAUAUAUUUAGACAACAAGUCAAACGUCAUCCUAAUAAAAUCUGCUUUAUAUUUGAAGAUCAAGAAUGGACUUUUCAACAGAUAGAAGAUUUUAGUAACAAAAUUGCGACGAUAUUUAAAACACAUGGUUAUAAAAAAGGAGACGCAAUUGCUUUAUUGUUGGAGAAUCGACCGGAAUUUAUUGCGAUUUGGUUAGGUUUAAAUAAACUCGGUGUGAUAACUUCUUUGAUUAAUAUCAAUUUGCGUAAGAGCAGUCUCUUGCAUUGCAUCAGUAUUGCAAAGUGUCAAGCGCUUAUAUAUGGCACCGAGUUUUUUGACGCUGUGACAGAUAUUGCCUCGUCAUUAGAUGCUAAAUUAACAUUGUACAGAUUCGGAAAUCAUCCGAAUACAAUGUCAGUUGGAUUAAAAGAGAAAGAUUUGAAUACCUUGUUGUUGGACACAUCGGCUGUACCACCAAGAAUACAAGAAAAAAGUGGUUAUCACGAUAAACUUUUGUACAUUUACACUAGUGGUACUACAGGUCUUCCAAAGGCAGCUGUUAUUACAAAUUCAAGAUAUAUCUUUAUCACGAGUUCAUUACAUUAUAUGGGAACUUUGCGUAAGUCUGAUAGAAUAUAUACACCUUUGCCUUUAUAUCAUACAGCGGGUGGAAUAAUGGCUGUGGGAUUAGCCUUAAUACACGGACAUACGACAGUGAUUAGGAAGAAAUUUAGUGCUAGCGCAUAUUUUGCUGACUGUAUUAAAUAUAAAUGCACUGUUAGUCAAUAUAUAGGGGAAAUGUGUCGAUAUAUUCUGGCAGUUCCAUCUAAAAAAGAGGAUCAGGAACAUAAUAUUAGAUUAAUUUUCGGCAAUGGAUUAAGACCGCAGAUAUGGGAUGAAUUUGUACAACGAUUCAAAAUUCCACAAGUGUUAGAAUUUUAUGGUGCAACUGAAGGCAAUGCUAAUGUCAUGAACAUUGACAACAAAAUGGGAGCAAUAGGUUUUUUUUCAAGAAUUAUUCCAUCAGCAUAUCCCGUAUCUCUGAUUAAAGUAGAUGAGGAUGGAGAACCUAUACGUAACUCUAAAGGAUUGUGUCAAAUCUGUGAACCAAAUGAACCUGGUGCGUUUAUUGGAAAGAUCUUGCCAAAUAAUCCAACCAGGGCAUUUUUAGGAUACGUGGACAAAAAAGCAUCUGAGAAAAAAGUGAUUCAUAAUAUUUUUACAAAAGGCGACUCUGCCUUUUUAUCAGGGGAUAUUCUUGUUGCUGAUGAAUGGGGCUAUUUAUAUUUCAAGGACAGAACAGGAGAUACAUUUAGAUGGAAAGGAGAAAAUGUAUCGACUUCCGAAAUUGAAGCCAUUAUUAGUAAUUUUAUUAAUUAUCGAGAUUGCAUAGUAUACGGUGUGGAGAUUAAAGAUACUGAAGGCAAAGCAGGAAUGGCAGCAAUUUACGAUGCAGAUGAAACAUUGGAUAUAAAUAAAGUAACUGUCGACAUCAAAGAACAAUUACCUGCUUAUGCUAGGCCGCAAUUUGUCAGAAUUUUGACAAAAAUUGAUCUUACAGGAACAUUUAAACUGAAAAAGAAAGAUCUCCAGGAGGAAGGAUAUAAUCCAUACAAAGUUCAAGACAAACUAUAUUAUUUAAAUGCAAAGCUCGGUUAUCAGUUAUUAACAUUAGAAGUUUAUGAUCAAAUUCAACAAGGAAAAAUCAAGUUUUAAUUAGAUAUUUUCUGAACAAAUACAAAUUACAUAAUACAAUGAUAUAUUUUACAAGGCAUUAGGUAUACAUAGACAAUUAUUACGAAUAAAUCUCAGAGACCUGAUUAACUUGAAAAGUAAAGAUUACGAUAUCCUAUAUCCCAGCACUCAAGCGGAAUUUGCAUCAAUUUAUUUUCAGUGGGUUAUUAUUUACAAAUAGUCGUACUUCCAUUAAGUUUUCUUCUGCUUAUUGAAUUUGCAGACACUGUAUGGUGAUAAUAUAUUCAUAGAAAUUGAAGGGAUCUAUUUUAAAUAUGAUAAG